UAGAAGGGAGUCAGGCAGAAUGCAGUGCAGCGCAACUAAACGGGUGGAUGGAAGCGGUGCCGCCUGUAAUCCCCUGCGUACAUGUCGCCCUGCUUCUGCUCCUUCUUCCUUCUUCUUAUUUUUCUUCUUCUUUUUUUGGUUUGACCAUUUCAUCUUCUUCCUGAGAUCCGCAUUACGGAACAAGAAAUUAAACAGAGAGAUUGAUUGAUUGAUUGCUGAUUUCUUCGUCUCCUUCGGCUCAGGGUUGGUAUUUGGAUGGAUGAGAAGAAGGAGGACGAGGACACGGACGCCAAGGCAGCGGGCGCCAGGUCCAGCCUCUCCCACCCCCAGCGGAAGCCCAUCUCUUACAGCCAGCCCCUCGGCCGCGAUGCCGCUGUCCUCAGCACCUCCACCCGCCGCAGCGCUUUCCGCCAGCAUAGCCUCGACGACGAAGUACGCGCCUGCGCCUCCUCCCCUCGCCUCCUAGACGCUGACUCCCGCACCUUCUCCUGCCCUCGCUACCAUCCCUCCUUCCGCCAUUCCACAUCGAUUGAGGAUGGUCGCUUACGCCACCCGCCCACCGUCCCCGGCCAGCACCACCACUCCGCUGCCUCCUUCACUCACGCCUUCUCUCUCGAUAGCCACGGCGGCGGAUCCUCCCUCUCCGACACCGAUGGGGCGCUCACCCUCGAGUGCGCCAUGUCACAGUACGGCGGAGCCCCAGGGACGAUCCCCGAGUUCAUGGGCAGCGGGGGCGGCGCUGGCAUCUUUCGAGUGCCCCUGCGCGCCGCGAUGCACCCCGGCCGCCCCCCUGCUCUCGAGCUGCGCCCUCACCCGCUCCGGGACACCCAGGCCGGCUCCUUCCUCCGCACUGUCGUCUGUACGCACUUGCAGCUCUGGGCGGGUCAGGAGUCGGGGAUGCGGGUGUGGAACCUCAAAGACGUCUUCGGAGAAUGGGGCCCCGGCGGGCCCGCGAAAAAGGGCGACGAAUACAGCGCCCCCUUCAGGGAGUCCUGCCGCACGUCUUCGACGCUGUGCGUCGAAGUUGAUGCCGCCAAUGGGUUGAUAUGGAGCGGACACAAGGAUGGAAAGAUCCGGUCAUGGAAGAUGGACCAGCCGACCAUCAUGAAUUCUUCUGGGGGUGCUGGUCCUUUUUCUCCGUUCAGAGAAGGCCUCUCGUGGCAAGCAUAUAACCGCUCUCCUGUACUGUCGAUGGUCAUAACAUCUUAUGGUGAAAUAUGGGCAGGUUCUGAGGGCGGAGUUAUAAAGGCUUGGCCUUGUGAUUCCAUUGAAAAAGCCCUUUCCUUCACUUUAGAAGAAAGACAUAUGGCUGCAUUACUAAUGGAGAAGUCGUUUGUUGACUUGAGAAGCCAAGCUACGACAAAUGGUAUUAGCAACAUGCCUACAACUGAUGUGAAAUUAAUGGCAUCUGAUAAUUGCAGAUCUAAAGUAUGGACUGUUACUAGCUUAUCUUUUGUGCUAUGGGAUUCUCGAACAAGGGAUCUUCUUAAAGUAUUCAGUAUAGAUGGGCAGGUAGAGACUCGAGUUGAUAUCCAAUCUUCACAGGAUCCAUAUCUAGAGGAUGAAAUAAAGACAAAGAUUGCUUCCUCAUCAAAGAAGGAAAAAUCACAAGGUUCAGUUGGCUUUUUCCAACGUUCACGUAAUGCCUUGCUGGGAGCAGCUGGUGCUGUUCGCAGAGUUGCAGCGAAGGGAACCUUUGGAGAAGAUAAUAGGAGAACAGAAGCAAUAACUACAUCAACGGAUGGAAGGGUUUGGACUGGAUGCACAAAUGGAUCACUAGUCCAGUGGGAUGGAAAUGGAAAUCGGUUGCAAGAGGUUCAACAUCAUUUUUCUUCUGUUCAGUGUAUUUGUACACAUGGGCCACGGUUGUGGGUGGGUUAUGCUAGUGGCAAUAUUCAGGUCACUGAUCUUGAUGGAAAUCUGAUUGGAGAAUGGGUUGCACAUAGCAGUCCAGUUAUAAAGAUGGCUGUUGGAGGCUCACAUAUGUUCACUCUGGCACAGCAUGGUGGAAUACGUGGGUGGAAUAUUAGAUCUCCUGGUCCUUUUGAUGAUUUAUUGCGAAUAGAACUUGCUAAAAAGGAGCAAUCAUAUACAAAAUUUGAAAAUCUUAAGAUCUUAGCUGGUACUUGGAACGUUGGACAAGAAAGAGCAUCUCCUGAUUCCCUCAUGUCCUGGUUGGGUACUGCAGCAUCACAAGUUGGUUUAGUUGUAGUUGGGUUGCAAGAGGUGGAAAUGGGGGCUGGAUUCCUGGCAAUGUCUGCUGCUAAAGAAAGUGUCGGAAUUGAGGGGAGUGCUAAUGGCCAAUGGUGGUUGGAUGCUAUAGGCAAUGCUCUAGGUGAACGAACAUCCUUUCAGCGGAUUGGUUCUAGGCAGUUGGCAGGGUUAAUCAUUGCUGCAUGGGCUAGGAAGACUCUCCAGUCACAUAUUGGUGAUGUUGAUGCUGCAGCAGUUCCAUGUGGAUUUGGACGUACAAUAGGCAACAAGGGAGCUGUGGGCUUGAGGAUGAGAGUCUAUGGAAGAAUAAUAUGCUUUGUAAACUGUCAUUUUGCUGCUCACCUAGAGGCAGUGAGCAGGCGGAAUGCUGAUUUUGAUCAUGUUUAUCGAACAAUGGCUUUCAGCAGGUCAACUACUGGACAAAGUGCAGCAGGUGCUCCUACAUCUGUCCAAUUGUACCGUUCUGUGAAUGCUCCAAUGCUUCAUCCUGAUGAUGGGAGACCUGGCUUGUCAGAAGUUGAUAUGGUGGUUUUUCUGGGUGAUUUUAAUUAUCGGCUUCAUAGUAUAUCUUAUGAUGAAGCUAGGGACAUGGUUUCUCAAAGAUGCUUUGAUUGGCUUAGAGAAAAGGAUCAACUUCGGGCAGAAAUGAAAGCAGGGAAAGUUUUCCAAGGAAUGCGUGAAGGGCAAAUUAAAUUUCCUCCAACAUAUAAGUUUGAAAGACAUCAAGUAGGUCUAGCAGGGUAUGAUUCAAGUGAGAAAAAACGUAUACCUGCAUGGUGUGAUAGAAUAUUGUAUCGUGAUAGUCGUUCAAUUUCAUUAGCUGAAUGCUCAUUACAGUGUCCUGUAGUCGCAGCAAUAAUACUGUAUGAAGCAUGUAUGGAUGUUACUGAUAGUGAUCACAAACCUGUCAGGUGCAUAUUCAGUGUGGAAAUUGCACAUAGAGAUGAAUUGAUAAGGAGGCAAGAGUAUGGACGAAUAAUAACAACAAAUGAGAAGCUAAGAUCCUUGCUUGAAGAAUCCCGUGCUGUUCCAGAAACUAUUGUUAGCACUAAUAACAUAAUCCUACAAAACCAAGAUGCUUCCAUUCUUCGUAUCACAAAUAAGUGUGAAAAGUACAAAGCUGUCUUCCAGAUCAUUUGCGAAGGCCAGGCCACAAUCAGGGACGAUGGAAAUGCAUCUGAUUUUUCUUCUAGAUGCUCCUUUGCCUCUCCUCUCUGGCUUGAGGUUUAUCCAGCUAGUGGCAUAAUCAAGCCGGGACAAACAAUAGAAGUUUGUGUGUACCAUGAUGAUUUCUACACAAAAGAAGAAUAUGUUGAUGGAGUUGCACAGAACUGGUGGUGUGAAGAUAAUAGGGACAAAGUAGUAAUAUUGCUUGUACACAUCACCGGAACUGGUUCAACAGACAUCAAAGCGCACAGGGUCUCUGUUUAUCAUUCCUCACCGAGAAUUGAGUGUGGUGAUAGAAAAGAGCUUAAAAGAAGAAGCCAAUCAAGCCAUCUACACAGGUCAGAUGUUGGGGACUUUGGCAGUUCAUCCACUGGAAUUCCCAACUUAUCAAACACACGUCGUCCAUGAGGUUGCACUACUCGAUACAAAAGAGAGCCAGUGAAAAGGACAUAAAGUUCCUUCUUGUAUAUAAUUCAUAAGAGAAAAUUAAUUCUUUUCAGAAAUUGAAGUUACUUGCAGUGUAACUCAAUUAGUUGAUUGAGGAAACGUUUUUUGUGAUUUCGUGUAGAGAGUGACAAUUAGAUUUGUGGAUAGGGUUAGAAUGAAUAUAGUUUUAAAGUUUCUUAUCAUGCCAAAUAUUUGACAACAAACCAAUGUUUGAUUGAAACUAGUGGUAUGCAUAUUGCGUACUGAAAAGUAAUUGAAACCAAGCAAU